CACACCGGGGGCAGACACACGCACGCGGUGCAGGUUGACGUUAAAUGGUCACGUGACCCGAAACAAAACAAAAAAACCCCCCACCUGGAAUCAGAAGAAAACUAAACAGUGUUCUGGUGUAAAGUGUGUGAGCUGAAACCCCUUCCUCCCUUACCCCUCUACCUCUGCCCCUGCCUCUACCUUUACCUUUACUUCUACCUCUGCCCCUGCAGUCAGGGUAAAAGCGAGAGUACACACACACACACACACACACACACACGCGCGCGCGCGGGGGCACGAGGACAGCGGCGAGGGAUAUUUGAAGCGCGAGACAACCGGACACAGCGAGCGGACAACAAACACUGACUAAAUAACAUCGCGAGACAGCCGGAAGUGGAGGACAGAAUCCAGAGGAAAACCGCCAGUGUCUUAAAGUGUGUAGAAGUCAUGACCUUUCAGCUGACCAUCACUAGGGGUCCUGCUGGAACGAUUGAUGGUUUAAGAUGAUCUCUGUGGGAAACGCCAGACAGUGAGAAGAGUUCCUGUUGCCCCCUGAUGUCUUACCCCCACUGCCGGAGGUCCCCAUUUUCAAAGGGGCGGUGCUAAGCCGAGGGGCCUUCCGAAACCCCACCCUCCAUCACUGCUCCUCCCACAGCAUGGAUUCUGCCCAGUGCAACGACCGGCCGAUCAGCUACACCUCCACCUCCUCUUCUGCCUCCUCAUCACGGGACAGCCACUGCUCAGCCGUGUUAGGCUCCGUCUCUGAGCGGGACCAGGACUCUGGGGCCAUCCGACUAGAACUCAUCCCCACCCGACAGCUGGAGGAGGUGGAGCCAACUGCUCCAGCCAAUCAGUAUGAUGAGCGUAAAGUGGCUUACGUGGACCAUGUGGUACAGGAGAUUCUGGAAACAGAGAGGACCUAUGUCCAGGACCUGAAGAGCAUCGUCCAGGAUUAUUUGGAGUGUAUCAGUAAUCAGGCUCGGCCCAUGUUGGGGUUGGAGGACAGGAAUUCACUGUUUGGAAACAUUCGGGAAAUUUACUGUUUCAAUAGGGAUCUCCUGCAUGAUUUGGAAAAGUGUAAUGCAGACCCGGUGGCCAUCGCUCAGUGCUUUGUAGCAAAGAGUGAAGAAUUUCAUAUUUAUACACAGUACUGCACUAAUUACCCAAGGUCUGUAGCUGUCCUCAGUGAGUGUAUGAGGAAUAAAGUGGUGGCGAAGUUUCUGCGUGAGCGUCAGGAGUGUGUAAAACACUCACUGCCUCUCGGCUCGUUCCUGCUCAAACCUGUACAGAGGAUUCUCAAGUACCACCUGCUGCUGCAUGAAAUUGCCACACACCUGGAGAAGGACUCACAGAGACAUGGUGUGGUUCAGGAGGCCAUCGACACCAUGCAGAGAGUCGCCUGGCACAUCAACGACAUGAAGAGGAAACAUGAGAACACUGUCAGGCUGCAGGAGAUCCAAAGUUUGUUGACAAACUGGCAGGGUCCUGAUCUGAUUGGUUAUGGUGAGCUGGUUCUGGAGGGAACGUUUCGAGUCCAGAGGGUGAAGAACGAGAGAACUUUCUUCCUCUUCGACAAACUUCUCCUCAUCACCAAGAAACGGGAGGAGACAUAUGCCUACAAAGCACACAUACUGUGCUGUAACUUGAUGCUGGUGGAGGUCAUUCCCAAGGAACCACUGAGCUUCAGCGUGUUCCACUAUAAGAACCCCAAACUGCAGCACACAGUGCAGGCCAAGUCCCAGCAAGACAAGCGAACAUGGAUCCAACACCUGAAGAGGCUCAUUCUGGAGAACCAUCCAGCAAAAAUCCCAGCCAAGGCCAAGCAGGCAAUUCUGGAAAUGGAUGUGCACCAGUGUAGCCCUGAGGGCCAGAACAGAAACAACCUGAAGGAAGGGCCAUCCCCCAGAAGAGCACGCAGGAAGACUGAACCCUUGUCCAAACUGCUCAAAAACAAACAUGCAAUAUCCAGUCCAGAUAUACAGAAGCGAAGCAGUUUUGGUGCAACACUUCUGUCUCCUGUUGUUCACCUGGGCACUAUUGGCCGAUCGCGCAGCCUUGUUAGCCAAUCGCAGGAGUCCCUGGACCCUGGUGAUCACGGUGACCACAGUGACAUAGAUGAGGGUUUACAUCCACAGGAUGCUGAUGAUGAAGAUGAAAGUGGAAUGGGCUCUGGAGGAAAGCUACGUGUACCUGGAAAGAGCAGCAGGAAAAGGCUAAAUGCCCAGGUGUCAGUGGACAGCAUCGACCACUGGAAGAAUCACAGUCUGGACCAUAUUGAUCUACAGACGGCCAAAGAGUCUCUGCAGAAAGAGACGGUGCACACCCCCAUCUUAAGGGUGACCUGUCCUCCUGAAACAAGGGCUGAUCACUUCUCCCAGUUUCUGGGCACAAGCAGUGGACAUUCUGUUCCAAACAUAUGGGCAGAUCACAGAGUGCGUCGAGCCAUGUUUCCUACUCGUCAAAAGACUGUCCAAAUCGAUGACGAUGAAGACAUUUAUCAGAUGUUUGUGCCCACUGAGAACGAUACAAGUGGGCAUGAUAUUGAAAGCGAUCAUGAUGCGGUUGAUGAUCAUCCUGGACGUCCGUGUAGCUGGCAUGUUGAACAGACAAAGUCGGGGCAGUUAGACCUUCCAGCCAAUAGGAAUAAGGUGUUGCGCAGGGCAAGUAGUGUUGGAGAGCAGCAAAGUGAGCGACAAAGUCCUACAAAAAAAGCUGUCCUUAAAGAGGAAGUACACAAUAAUACAGAGUCUUCGAGUAACGAGAUCUCCGGAUCUUCCUCAACUGAACAGCUAACGAUUGAUGAUAUUGAGGUUGUUUACGACAACAUUAGCUACGAAGAACUGCAGGCCAUGGGACUGAUUCGGAAGGAUCCGGAAGUGAAACCAGCUGUACCUCCACAAAUCUUAGUUUCUCCAGUUGAAAUUGAGAGCUCAUCUGAAAGCAGCAGGUCCUCAGGCCAAGAGGGAGCACCAUUUGAACCUGCCAAUAUGCAGACACCAGAGGAUGAGGAAAAUGUCUAUGAUACCAUCGUAUUCCGUGAACUGCCACCUUCUUUCGCAGAGACAGGAAGAGCAAAUGAACAUGCAGCCAAUCAGGAUAAUGAGGAAUCACCCAAGGCAGACUUUACACUUAGCCAGAACUUAGAAACUGUUGUUUUUGAAGAAAGACCAAAUUUAGAAUCCAGCAAAGUAGCAAAACGACCCCUUCCUAAGAUUCCAACUGUUUCAAUUACUGAUAUGGACAUACCGUUAAAUUUGGAUAAACCUUCUGAGCAGUCAGUGUCUGAUCAUAUGUCAGAGCAAGUUGAUGAGAUCUGGAACGAUCUUGAAAACUACAUCAGAAAUAAUGAGAAGAAAGCAGAUAAGCUCCCAGCUGCAUUCCCUGUCAAUAGACCAGAGUCACCACACAAGAAGUGUGAUUCACCAAGUAAAAUAGAAAGUUCUUCAGAUAAAUUACACAACACUCCAACAAAGGCAGUCAAAUCUCAGCUAAAAUCACAAGACUCCCAAGACAAAACACAAAAUCUGCCACGAAAAUCUCAUCCAUCUCCCAACAGAAAAUGUAAUCCUGCACGGAAAACUAGUGAUGCUCAUGUCAGAACAGAUGGUGUUAAGAAGGUAAAGAAAAGCACAUCAUCACCCAGUUCUCCAGCCUUCCACCCCAUUCCAACAUUUAAAUUCCCUGUGCUCAGUGUUCCCAAACUUGUGCGAGAACCUACAUUUGAGAUAGAUGAGCCUGAGUCCCCUCCAUCUACGCCUCCUGCUACACCUUCUGUUCCACAGGCUUCUAGCCCUGCUCCUCAGACCUCCAGGCCUGCUCCCCAAGUCUCCAGCUGUGCUCCUCAGAUCUCCAGCCCUGCUCCCCAAGUCUCCAAUCUUGCUCGUCAGACCUCCAGCGAUCCUCCCCAAGUCUCCAGCCCUGCUCCUCAGGUCUCUAGCCCUGCUCCUCAGACCUUCUGCCCCAUAACCCACAUCUCCAGCCCUGCUUCCCAAGUCUCCAGCCCUGCUCCCCAAGUUUCUAGCCCUGCUCCCCACAUCUCCAACCCUGCUCCCCAAGUUCAAGUCUUCAGCCAAAUAUCAAGCCCAGUUUCCCAAGUCCAGGUCUCCAGCCCUAUCAGCCAAAUAUCAAGCCCAGUUUCCCAAGUCCAGGUCUCCAGCCCUAUCAGCCAAAUAUCAAGCCCAGUUUCCCAAGUCCAGGUCUCCAGCCCUAUCAGCCAAAUAUCAAGCCCAGUUUCCCAAGUCCAGGUCUCCAACCCUAUCAGCCAAAUUUUAAGCCCAGUUUCCCAAGUCCAGGUCUCCAGCUCUAUUCCAGAAAUCCAAAUCUCCAGCCCUGAACCCCCACCUGGCACAGUAAAGAGUAUCCGGAACAAAUUAGCCAGGCUUAGUAGUGGAAGCUUUCGGAUAGACGAUGAGGAUAUACCAACAUCAAAAGAACCUGAGCUACAAACAUUAUUCUGUGGUCUAGACCCCUCAUUUCUUCCUCUGGCAUCCUCUGGACUUCUCAUAGGUGGAGAUGCUGGAGAUCAGCUGCUGGAUUUAGGGGAAAAAGGUCGAAACAGGGUUUUCCUUAUGGCUAGACAAUACAGUCAGAAGAUCAAGAAGGCUAACCAACUGUUGAAGAUGAAGAGCAUGGACCAUGAGCCCAGCUGCACAAGACUCAGGACAAACAAGGCAAAAGAUUUAGCUGCGAUUUUGGAAGAAAAGAAGCAAGGAGGAGCAGCUAUAGGAGCACGGAUAGCUGAAUAUUCCCACUUAUACGAGCAGGUGAUGUUCAAGGAGCCUCCUACUACUACUCCAGUGCUCAAAUCUUCAGUCAGUGUUUCAGGACCUCACCCAUUUUCCUCACGCUCUGGCUUGGCUUCCUCUCCAUCCCUGCCUGAGAGCGCCUUCCCAGAGACGGACUGGUUGAACUGCACCUACAGCAAUGGUGAACUUGCUGGCUUUGUGUCUUGGCCUGCUGAAGUCGGAGGGGGUUCGUCCCCUCAACCACAAAUGACCCCUGCAAUGUCUGUCCCUGCACUGAAGAACCUUCCGCCACCUCCAAGCGCUCCAGCCAAUCAGCGCUGGAGUACCUGUGUGUCUCCAGCCAGCAAAGAUGAUUCUGAGCACAUCUACAGCACCCUGGGGGAGCGCAGUGUUAAAGCUCCACCCUACAGCCGCUGUCAGUCCUCGUCCUCAUUGGCUGAGCAUCAGGAGAAAGAAAACAGUGGGAAUAUGGGUAAUUUGGGACACACCACCAGUCAUUCAGGGGGGACUGUGAUGUCAGGAUGUGGUCUCGGUCCUCGACAGCACAGUCUUCCUGAGUGUCCUACCCAAGUGACCUCUGACCUUUCCCUGUCAUGUGACCUCACACUUAGGGACUCUCAAAAAGUACUAGUGUUAAACAGACAUUCAAAUCAGAACGCGAUCAGUGCCACGCAGAACUACCUGGCCAACUUCAAAGACGACGACGACGACGACGACUAUGUCGAAAUCCGCUCCGAGGACGAGAGUGAUCGCAUGGAAAAGGGCUACACCUCAAGCCCAGAUCCAGCUCUGCACGGCUACACCCGGAGUGACCCAGAUGAGGGUCAGCAAGCACUCAAUCAGCCCAAAAUUGUCCAGUCGCUGCGGGAGAAGUUCCAGUGUCUCGGUUCCAGCAGCUUUGCAUAAUCGACUGGACAACGCGACUACCGACGUGCACCGAGUGCUGAAAUAAAAGCAAAUGAGCAGAUGGAAAAAAUUUUACACAAUGCAAAGCACGUUUACGGAUUACACGAUUACGGUGAUAAAAUGAUGACCAUGCAGUUAAACAGGUUUCACAUCACAGCUUCAGUGGAUCUCAAUCCUACACUUUAUGCACUACAUCACAAAUCACCUUUCAUUUCUAUAAUCACUCGUAAUGCACUAAACAACGUUUGCCAUAGAAAUAGUUUCUGAUCAAAAUUUUACUAUUUAAAUUCUUUUUUAACACGGUAUUGAUUUUGAAUUGAACUCCCACGAUUGGGCUGAAGACCAUCUCUCAGGCUGAAGGUCUGUCAGGCUGAAGGUCUCUCAGGCUGAAGGUCUAACAGUGGAUUUUUUUUUGUGUUAGUUUUUAAUCAGAUUUCCUUUUCGGGGCGUUAGGUCUCCAUUCCCACUUUCACUUAUUCACUUAUUUGUCCACUCUUUAGGUGCUUCCAUUUGUUCAGUGUCGCCUUUCCAGCCUCACCUUUCCCAGCCUCACCUUUCCCAACCUAUCCUUUCCCAGCCUCACCUUUCCCAGCCUCACCUUUCCAGCCUCACCUUUCCCAGCCUCACCUUUCCCAGCCUCUCCUUUCCCAGCCUCACCUUUCCCAGCCUCUCCUUUCCCAGCCUCACCCUUCCCAGCCUCUCCUUUCCCAGCCUCACCCUUC